AUGGAGACUCUCGUCCAGAACGAACUGAUGCUCAAGAGCGGUGCAAUCGUGGCCACGUCCGAAGCGCUCUCCGGCAAGAAGGUCAUCGGCCUCUACUUCAGCGGCCACUACUGCCCGCCAUGCCGCAAGUUCACUCCGCUCCUGGACAUGGUCUACUCGAACAUCAAGGCAGCUGGGCACGAAGACUUGGAGAUCGUCUUUGUGUCUUCCGACAAAGAGGAAGCCAAGUUCACCGAGUACUACAACGAGAUGCCGUGGAUCGCGCUGCCCUACGCGCGUCGGGACCUCAAGCUCAAGUUGUGCGAGAAGUUUGGCGUCAAGACAGUGCCGACGCUCAUUUUCUUCAAUGAAAAGGGCGACGUCGUCGAACGGGAGGGCCGCGCCUUUGUCACGAGUCACUCGGACGACAUUGCUGCCAUUCUCUCUCACCUGCGCCAGGAGAAAAAGGACUAG